AUGUCCUUCACCCUUGACUUCUCUACGCCAUCCAUCGACGCACUAGUCGAUAAUCACCAACGCUGCUAUGUUCGCCCCGCCGUGCGCGCCGAUCCGGAUCAUCCGGAUAUGCUAUAUCUUGAGUAUGGUCCGAAGGCGCAGAACUAUCAAGACCCAACUGCCUUCUGGCGCGACUGGGAGGGGCUCCAAUUGCCUAACGAUGUCUACUCCGCUGCCUCUAUGGACUGGGAACGGAAACACUCGCUCGAUAGCGACCAGCAUCCGUUCCUUCCCCGUCGCCAGUCGAUCUAUGCCCAAACACCCAAUGUGAACCGUGUCGCGCCUGAGCCGGACGUCCCACUCGGUGACUACGUCCGCAGCUCUCGCGACGACAUCUGCAUCGCUCCUUGGCUCGUCAUGGGCCCACCAUCCGCGCCCAGACCCGCGUCUAAGGAAGUCAAACCUCCAACGCAGACCGCCGCUGCCGCGUCCACUUUGAAGAAGUGCCUCGUAGACUUCUCUCAAUUCACGUUCACCCCGUCAUCAGCAUCUCGCCAUCACGAGGAUGACGAUAGCUCUCCGCCGCCCUCAUCACCAUCCUCUAGCUCAAGCACGGGCUCGGGACGGUCCGAGUGCAGCACCCCCAUGACCACGCCUGAGCGUGACUUCAAGCCUCUCCCUCGCCGUUCUACUUCGCCGCCUGACGCAGGCACGACAUCCCAUCACCGCAAGGCAUACCGCGCUGUGUCGCCUACCUUCACUGACUCUGACUCGGGCGACGAGUACGAAGAUGACGACUACGUCCGCGCUCCGAAGCGCAAGGCCAAGUCCGCCACUCGUAAGGCUGCUCCGAAGCGUCGCCGCGCCCCCGUCCCCGUCGCCGCGCCAUCCCCUUCUCCUAACUCGUCUGAUGUCGUACAUCCGCCACUUCCCACACAGCCUAACGCUCGCGGACGCUGGCCAUGCCCCUACAACGACUGCUUACACGAGACGGGCGCAUUCGGCGAUCUCCAGCGGCACCUGGAGAGCCUCGCGCACACCCCGGAGAAGCGCCACCGCUGCGGGACGUGCCAUACCACAUUCACGCGCGAGGAUGCGCUCAAGCGGCAUGUGCAGAAGCGCCCUGAACGCUGCAGGAUGAUUGCUCGUGGACUGAUCAAGCUCAAGGUUGAGUGA